AUGGAAGAGUUCGGAGUUUACGCUGUUUUCGGUGUAAACUGUCCGCCUCAAAUGCUUCUAAGUUCGGACGCGUCGAGCAGCGUGUGUGUUGCAGUUCCCCCAUCUGUCCGGCAGGUGGUGCUGUUCAGCAGCGGCCCGUGGGAGAAGAGGAUCUGCGUCCACGUUGGGCUGAAUGAUGCUGAUGGGAUCCCCAUCACUAUAGGAAAACUGACUCCUUACAACAAGUGUUUGACGUGGGAGCAGUGGGAGGAAGAGACGUGGACAGACGGCGUCACGCUGAGCGUUUCACUGGAGGGAGGACACCCGUUUAACUGGAGUGAAACAAGUUUUCGUCUCGUGAACGUCGUCCUUCAAGACCCGGCAGCUCCCGUCACAGCUCGGGAGCUCAACGGCAAGAGGAAGAGAGAGCGGCUGGCAGAGCGUGGCGACGGCAGUAAGGUGCCAAAAGCAGGAGAAGAAGAGAACGUGUGUCCAAACAGUGGGACGGAAAAGACCUCGUCCGUGCACAAGGUCAGAGGUCAAACCAACAGCAGACAGAAGCUGUUCGCCAACGGAGCUGAAUCCUCCAAGACAAAAGCAGCAGGUGAGGACAGAGGACUCAGUAACGACGCAGGAGAGACACAAGGCAUUGUGGGAAAAACGCCUCCUCGGGGCUCAUCCAGGACCAAGAGUAGGCAGUCAAAGACUCCCACGCAGACCGCCCCUCUGAUCCGGCCGUCUGGACGCUGGGGUCAAACUUUAUGUCCCAUCGAUGCUCAGACGGCCAUUUUAAUCGGAGGUCAGGGAGCCAAGAUGCAGUUCUGCAAGGAUCCAAUGUGGAAGCUCUGCAUGGAGGACAUGUCCUGGGUGGCAGCAGAGACUCUGGCAGAGGGUCCGACCCCUGAGGCCCGGAUCGGCCACACAGCCGUCUACGACCCAGACUCCAAGCGCAUCUUUGUGUUCGGAGGCUCCAAGAACAAGAAGUGGUUCAACGAUGUCCACAUCCUGGACACGCAGAGCUGGAGGUGGAGCAUGGUGGAGGCUCAGGGAAAGGUUCCCCCGCUGGCCUACCACAGCUGCAGCAUGUUUCGGGGGGAGCUCUUCGUGCUGGGAGGGGUGUUUCCUCGCCCCAACCCAGAGCCCGAUGGCUGCAGUGACUCGUUGUACAUCUUCGACCCUCACCUCUCCAUCUGGUACCAACCCAUCGUCACAGGAGACAAACCGUCCCCCCGAUCAGGCCACUCUGCGUGUGUGAUUCAGGAGAGGUACAUUUACGUGUUCGGGGGGUGGGACACUCCCGUCUGCUACAACGACAUGUACAUACUGGACCUCGGUCUGAUGGAGUUUUCUGUUGUGACAACAUCUGGAAAAGCGCCGUCCCCUCGAAGUUGGCACGGCAGUGCUGUGCUGUCGGACACCAAGUUUCUGAUCCACGGUGGCUACAACGGGAACAACGCUCUCAGUGACGCCUUCGUCUUCGAUACAGAGUCGAGCACCUGGACGGAGCUGACGCUGCCUCGGCUCUCCGUCCCCAGGGCGGGACACUCCAUCAUCACCAUGGAAACGCCCGGUCGCCGUCCCACCUCGGAGCAGGGCGGAGACGUAGCGGCGAGCUUCGGGUCCGAUGGAAGAACCCUGCUGGUGUUUGGAGGCGGAGACAACGAGGGGGACUUUUACUCGGACCUGACGAGCGUUCCCAUGGAGGAAGUGCUCGGCGUGGAAAAGUUUCUACUUCCUGUCCGAGCGUGA